AUGCUGGAAGCUUUUAAAAUUCUAGAUGUAAUCAUUCUUAUUUGUCAAACUGUGAAAGUUGUAUCGUCAACUGCUGUUAAAAAAGACGAUUUUAAAAAUUCCUUGGUAACAGCGUUGAAAAAUACAGGAUUAGAGACCGAACUAAAAAAUAGUGUCUAUCAUUGGAUGAGAUUAAAUAAUAAUAAUAAUUACCACAAAAUAAAAGAAGAUGAAAAAUAUACAGAUUGGAAAACACAUUUGGAUAAAAUUCAAGUACAUUGGGAGAAACGAAUACAUAAGUCAAUACAUUCAAUGGGAAAUGAUUUGAAAGUUAGCUUAGCUAAAGUACGUACAAAUACUGAACGUGAAGAGUUUUUAGAAAAAUGGAACGAACUUAGCACUUUGGAUUUUGAUUUAUCGAAUUAUAAACCAGUUUAUGCACCUAAAGAUUUUUUAGAAGUUUUACUUACAAUUUACGUUCCAAAUGAAGAGAAAGAUGAAUUACUUUUUGCAAGCAGCGAGGCAGUUGGAAGACAAUUUACACACAUUCCUCUGCGAGUUAAAACUUUAUCGCAACUGCGUACACUGUAUGUAGAAUUAUCACGUGGAGAAGCUCAUCUAGGUGUCAAUCCAUACAUGACAACAAAUACAAAUUUUCCAACUUUAGAAGCAGAACGUACUGUACAAGGGGAAAAAGUAAUUGCAGAGAAUCAUGCACCACUUGCACAAGAGUUUUUAAAACGUGGUAGUCCAAGAUGUUUACGAAGUAAAUUAUGGGCACAAGUAUUAGGAUCUGAGUUGAAACCAGCGCAUCGAGUUCAUUUUGAAACACUUAAAAAACUAGUGUUGCAAUAUGAUUUAAUGGUUGAUAAAAUAAUUAUUAAAGAUAUUCAAUUAACAGCUUCCAAUGAUGAUCAAUAUUUUGUAUUCGAAGACGUUUUAUAUCAGGUGCUAUUGUGUUUUUCUCGAGACUCUGAAAUAUUAUUUUUAUUAAAAGAUAAGCCUGGAGCACCAUUAAAAGUACAGUUAAAGAAUAAAAUUGGAAAUGAUGAAGGUAUUGGUAACACAGUAUUGUUCCCACCAAGUGGAGUUAUACCUUUUCAUGGAUUUUCAAUGUAUUCUACACCAUUUUGUUAUCUGUACGAUGAUCCAAUUGCUUUAUACUAUACAUUUAGAGCAUUUUACUUACGGUAUUUUUACCGAUUACAUUCUUUAAAUGGCCAUCCACAAGGAAUAAUAUCUUUGUGUUUGCUGUUUGAGCGAUUACUUCAAACUCAUGAACCACAACUUUGGUGUCACAUAAAAAAUUGUGGAAUACAACCAAUACGAUUGGUUUUUAAAUGGUUAAUGCGUGCUUUUAGUGGUCAUUUACCACCCGAACAAUUAUUAUUUUUAUGGGAUCAAAUUUUGGCAUAUGAUUCAUUAGAGAUUAUAGCUGUAUUAGCUGUGUGUAUUAUUACAUUUCGUAAAGAUGUUUUAAUGCAAGUUGAUACUCUGGUGAAUAUGGAAAAUGUUUUAAGUGAUUUAUCUACAAUAAUGGUAAUGCCAUUAUUACAAAUGGCAUUAUUAAAUGAUUGA